AUGUCCCAUCGUAGUUUUACCGACAGGGCUGGCAGUGCCCCCAGCAGCGGUUCUUGGGGACUCGCCCGUGAGAACGAACGCAGACGCUCGGAGCUCACGGCCGAGAGCGUGGUCAUCUUCGGCAACGGUGCAUUCCAAGGGCUCCUAUUGGUGUUCGCACAGGUCGCCAUCUUUGUGUCGCACACACUGAUCUCGGUCCAGGCGGUGACCACGAAGUCAUUACACUACUGGUGCCGGCCCCCGUCCGAGUACUCGUACAUGUCCACGGCACAGUGGUUCAACUCCGGCAUUCCACAGCGGCCCGACGGCAGCUACAGCCAGUGCUCGCGCUACGAGCGGCCCCGCUUGGCGGCUUCCAGGCCUAGAGCCGUCGAGGUACCCUGCGAACACUGGUCCUACAACAUGACCUCAAACGGCCACACCGUAGUCGAAGAGUGGGAUUUGGUCUGCGAUCGCGUCUGGCUCUUGGAGCUCGCCCGCGCCAUCUUCCUGUGCGGGCGAGUCGUGUGCGUGCCUCUCAUGGGACUCGCCUCGGACAGGUACGGUCGGCGACCUGUGCUACACGCGUCGGUCGCCGUACUCUACUGCUCCUGCGUGGCCCAGUGCUUCACCUCGACGCUGAGCACUUACGUCGGGCUGGGCUUCUUGCUGUCAGCGUCCUCCAGUGUUCUGGAGCUCACCACUAGCAUCCUACUGUUCGAGUCAACGCCUCCCGGUGCACGUGAAGAGUUCGUCGCUCUGGCGUCCAGCGUCCCGAUGGUACUCGGUCCCGUGUACCAUUCUUUGGUGGCCUCGGUAGCGGGCCACUGGAGAAUCCUGCAUCUGACCGUGGCUGCGCCGUCACUCUUACUAAUCAUCGUGGUGUACCUGACUGGGGAGUCCCUGGACUGGCUCAUCGCCAGCGGCAAGUUCGAAGACGCCGAGCGGGCCGCGCUGUGGGCAGCUGAACUCAACCACGAGGAGCCUGAAGGUGUUAAAGAACGGCUGACCGUAAUUACGACUGGACUAGCACUGCUGGGUGAGCGACCAGUGAGACCCGGAUGGCUCAGCUUUUCCGCCCUUUUCAGCGGGCCCAGACGCUACGUGUAUUUCGCCACCUUCGGCUGCUGGUUCACCACGAACGUCGGCUACUUCAGCCUACCCUUCGAGCCAGCGGGCCUGCAGCUCCACGAACUCAGAUGGACCGCAUUCGCCAUAAACAUGCUCGGAAUGGCGUCGUCGUAUUUCAUCACCAAGAGCUGCGGUUACCGCUGCCCGCUCGUCAUGUUGUCGCUCUUGUGCGCAGCUACGGUGGCAGCGCAGUUAUUUAUGACCAGCUACGAUCUGAUGGUUCCAUUGGCGUGGGCAUUCAUGCUGUCGUACGUGCUAUUCAACAUGUCCUACGUCUUUCUUUGGAUCCACACCGUGGAAAUUUUCCCCACUCGAAUGAGAAGCAUGGGGUUCUCUUUCGCCUACACGUGCGGCUCACUGGGCGCUGUAAUGGCGGCGCUCGUAAAGCACAUGGAAAGGCAGCUGCCAAUACACCUGAAACCGAUCCCGAGAGGGCUGACUGCGGCGGCCAUCGCGGGUUUCUACUUGGGUCUAGUCCUUGUACCAACAAAUGCGAAAGACGAGUCAACUGUGGUUCCCAAGGAACUGCCUUUCGGACGCAAGCGAUCAAGUUCGCAUGUUUCUCUGUACGAGGAAAGUGAGCAGCGGAGGACAUCGGUGCGCCUUGGCGACGAUCUUCGGACGCCUAAAGGCUUUCAACGAAAACUACGAGUACCGCCGCUUUAG